AUGGAAUCAUCUGGUGAUGUACCAAUUAUUGCAAGAUUAGCAUUUGAUGCUGAAGAUAAACUACCUGAAGAUUAUUAUACUAUUUUAAAAAAUGAAGAAAUUAAAGAAAAAGCAAAAAAUUUUAAAAAAAUUGAACCAAAUGAAUGGAUUAAAGCAAAAGAAUUUAUUCCAUCAUCAAAUGAAACAACCUCAAAAACUCAUGAUUAUUUGGUACAAACAUUUUUUGAUAAUCAGGCAAUAAAUGAUAUGGCAUUUUCAUUUAACCAUGAAUAUACUCAAUAUCCAUAUAAUAUUCCCAAAUAUAAUGAUUAUAAUUAUCAAAAUAAAAAUUAUGGAUUUGUUAACAAUUAUCAUAAUCUACAUGGUCGUUCGUACCAUGAAAAUUUUUCAACAACAUCAUCACAAUCAACUGGAUCAACGAAUUCAACCAGAAAAAGAAAAAAAUAUAAUUAUAAAUAUAAAUAUAAAAAGAAUUUAUCAAUAAAAGCACAAUAUCAGAAGGCAAAUGAUGCGUUUAAUAAGAUUUGCUCACAAAAUUUUAACAAAGCUAAUCUUCCGAAAAAAUUAUCUAUUUCUCGUUCUCUUAAUUUUUUAUCUCAUUCCAGUCACAAUAAUAAUUCAAAAUUACAAAAUAAUAAUGAUUUUGCAAUUAAAGAGGGAACAAAAUUACUAUGUAAUUCAUGUCCAUCUUUAUCAUCAAAACAAUUAAUUUUAUGGGAUGAAGUAUUACAUACUAUGAAAUCAAUUCACGAUAAAACAUUAAAUAGGAAAAAAGAUGUUAAAACAGUUGUCAUUAGUUGUAAUAACAAUGAAAUAAUUGACGACAAAUAUAUUUCAAGUAAUAAUGAAAUAAAAAAUGACAAUGUCGAUGUGAAUACAAAUGAUGAUUUUAUAAAACAAAAUGCAAUAAAAUCAUCAACAUAUGAAAUGGUUGAUGUUAACACAUUUGAAUGCCUUGAUGAAGCGGCACACUUUAAUAGGAUAAGAUCAAAAGAUAUUCGACUUUUAGAAAAAGAGAUUAAUGGUUUAAAGAUGGAGUCAUCAUUCAAUGAAGAAACAAUGGUUGAUCGAAUAAAUAAUUUACCAUAUCAACAUCAAAAAAUGAAUAGUAAUCCCGCAUAUGGACAAAAAAGUUUACAAACAGAGUUAGAAGAAAUUGAAGAUUUACAAUUUAAACCUGUAAUAACUAAAUAUGGUUAUCCACAGUAUGAUAAUAAAUUUUUGAGUGUUCACAAUCAUAUGACAACAUAUGACAUUGAUAAUGGAUAUACAGGAACAAAAAUGAUUAAACCAAAUAUUUUUUACAAUAAUAAUAAUAAUAUACAAGUAGAUUAUAUUGAUGGUUGGGAAUAUGAUGAAACAACAUUUCAAAAUCCUGAUUAUAUUAAAAAACACAAUAUAAUUCAAUCUACCAUACCAACAUCACUCUGGAAUAGAAUGCAAUGGCUUUUUAGACAAAGACAUUCAAAUAUACAAAAAAUUACUCCAACUAUGGAACAUGAUAAUACAUGUUGUAUAAUAAUGUAA